ACAUAGCAAGGCCGAACACAGAUUGUGCAGUUUUUAGUCCGUGAUAGAAAUCCGAAGAAAACAUGUGCACUCACAGUGAGUUGCACAAUGUGUGUCACUACGCUUCUCUGGCAAUUUUUUGGGCGAGUCUAGCCUCAGUCAUCGGUUCCGGCCACCAAGCAGCCUCAGACACCAUCGCUACGGUUACGAUUGACAGGCCAGGAACUAAUAUUCAGAUGAUCGCCACAGACAGUGAGGAGCAAGACGACCAAAUAGCCCUUCAAAAACGCGGGCUAUCCAAAAACUCGCAGAGCUGGAGCUCAAGUACGAUGACGAGUAGCUCGUAUUCAACGGACGAAAACGGGGUGAGGAAAACUCUGAGUCGUGCAACCACUCAAAAAAAAUCUCCGGGUCGCUCGUCAUCUUGGCACACUGUCGAUUACGACGAUGGAACUGUGAUUGCGAGCGUGGUCAGUCGUGGUCCUGUAGAUGUCGUGGUCCAAGAGAAUAAGGCUUACGUGAACAGGCAUUUGGUUUCUGGGGAUGUGAGUCAGUUAUAUGAGCCUACUUACCAGACACGGGAGGACGGAAGCUACUGGUACACCAACCUCCCUAUUGGCUGGGAAAUGGAUGAGAAUGAGAAAAAAUUCUUCAAGAAUAAGAGGAGAAGGAUAAAUGGACAACAAGAAGACUAUGCGAAUGCUGGGCAGGCCAUCAUGAAAUCAGCAGACAGGACGCUCGCGGCUUUACAACCUAGUUGGGGCUCUCCGGAUGGGUAUGGAAGGAACGUGGAGAAUGUAUGGGACCUGCCGAGAGCUUAUGGCAAUCAGUUCCCAAAUGACAUUCGGAACCAAUUUUCUGGAGUUUACGAAAAUCAGUCCCCCUAUUCAGACGGCUCCUUCAGUGACUGGGAUUCAUCGAGCAGCGGGGGAUCCAGUCCCCACCCCAGGGGCAAUCGAGGGAGAGGGAGGAGGAACGUGGGACGAGAGGAGGAAAAGAGACGGAGUGGGAAUAACUCUCCUAGAAAAAGAACCACACAGAGUCCGCGGAAAUAUUCUCGACAUGGAUAUAGAAAGUGAGAAAAGGAGCUUAGUAGAG